AUGAGAGUUGUUAAAGAAUUUCGCAACAAUAUUUUUAUUAUAAUUUUGCUCAUUUCGACACAUUCCGAGGGCGGCGUGUUGAGCACUAAGCCCGAUAGAAGCGACCAGCUGGAGCUGCUGGAAUUUCACAAAGAGGCAUUCUGUGGCGAACAGUCAGCAAGAGACGAUAGACUGGGGCUUGAGAGUUAUGUCAACAGCAUUUUGAGGAAUGAAAAAGAAGGGGUCGCCGGUGCAGUUUUUCAAAUGCUCUCGACCGGAGACGAGCAGCUCUGCCUGGACGGGUUGACGAUUUUGAUCCUGAAGGGGACUUAUCGAGAGAUCUUUGGAUUGACCAAAUUCACGAACGCCCAGACUCCCCAAACGGACGCCAGAUUAUGCCCGACGGAAGAAACUGCAAAAGUUGAAGAAGAGCGAUUUCCUGCGGUAGAACACAUUUCAGACAAAGUCACAAAGUCGCGCCCAAUUCGCGUAUCUAUAAGUUCCUUCGCCCCUGUGACAACAACCGCGAAGCCAACAACAGCAGCUGCGAUUACGAGCAAACCAGUCGCGACAACAACACGCUCGCGCAACUACUACAAAACCCAUUUCAAAGUCUCCAAAAAUAGUUUGAUUCCCAGCGCGCGUUCAUCCCUUUCCCCCAUCAAUCCUCAAGAAAACACAGAACCCUUGCUCGGUUAUCACGUGACCAUGUGCGCCGAUUUCGCCCGCGCUGGAGGUGCAAAUGAACAAACAGCCCCGUCCUUCCAAGCCGGGCUCAAGUGUCCUGAUGGAAAACUGAUUCACAUCGAGCUCGCCAAUUACGGCCGUAAUAAUAGCCUCACCUGCGCAAGAGGCAAAAGUGAGGCAAACGAUGCUUGGUUUCUUCCAUGCGAUAGUUACAGUCCUACGGGCUUUUUGGACGUUACGAAACUCCUCCGCGAAGAUUGCGAGAUGAAAUCUGAAUGUUCAUUUGCUCCUGCUUUUCCGGCUUUUUGUCCGGGAAUUUCGAAGUAUACGGAGAUUCGCUACAACUGUAAAUAUAACGCUAUUCAAUAA